CCGCCCACCAACCUCAGUACCGCACUCAAGAUGGGCUCCUCUACCACCACACCACCCCUCACACGCGCCUCCGUAAUCGAAGCCCACGCCCUAAUCAAACCUCACAUCCACUUUACCCCGGUGUUGACCAACACGACCCUUUCCACCCUCGCGUCGACGCCACAAACACCCGAAGCACUCAAGGGAACCCCAUAUGAAGGGCAAACACCCGCGAAGCCAAAGGUCAAGCUGUGGUUCAAAUGCGAGAACUUCCAGCGGGUCGGCGCGUUCAAGGCGCGGGGUGCAUUCCAUGCGCUGGCGAGAUUGAGUGAGGAAGAAAAGUCAAAGGGGGUGGUUACGCAUAGUUCUGGCAACCACGCCCAAGCCCUCGCCCUGGCCGCUCGCACCCACAACAUCCCCGCCCACAUCGUCAUGCCCACCAUCUCCACCCCCUCCAAAAUCGCCGGCACCCGCUCCUACAGCGCCAACAUCCACUUCAGCGGCAGCACCUCCCAAGAGCGCGAGGCCGUCGUCGCUACCGUGAUCGCUGACACGGGCGCUACAUUCGUCCCGCCCUACAACCACCCCAAUAUCAUCCUAGGCCAGGGCACCCUCGCUCUGGAACUCGAGUCCCAGGUCGCCGAACUCUCAAACGGGGCGGUUAAAACUCUGGAUGCCGUGAUUGCGCCCUGUGGCGGUGGCGGCAUGCUCUCGGGCGUCGCGACAGCGCUGGCGCCAACAGGCGUGCAGGUAUACGGGGCAGAACCAUCGUUUGAGGGCGGGGACGACGCGAGGAGGGGUGUGGCAGCUGGGAAGCGGGUGGAGACCGUGAAGACGCUGACGAUUGCGGAUGGGCUGAGGACGCCGCUGGGGGAUGUGACGUGGGGUGUUAUCAGCGACCCAGAGAAAGUGAAGGGGCUGUUUGCGGUGACGGAGGAGCAGAUUAAAGCGGCGCUGCGCCUGGUUCUGGAGCGUAUGAAGGUGGUUGUGGAGCCGAGUGCCGUAGUGGGGCUGGCGACUGUGCUGUAUAAUGAGGAGUUUAGGCGGAUUGUGGAGAAGGAGGGCGGUGAGAAGGGGUGGGAUAUUGGGAUUGUAUUUAGUGGGGGGAAUACGACGGUGGAGGCGAUUGGGAAACUAUUUGCAGUUGAUGAAAAGAAGGCCGAGAGGGCGGAGGGGGUGCUGGGGGCACAGGGAGAGAAGGUCGCGGAGAACGUGGCCGGGUAGGUCGAAGUAUUGGUGAUGCAGAGUAUACCUGGGUGGUACUGUAGUCUACAGAUGAUAGGAACUGUUGUCUGUAAUAU